AGCGCCAGUAUUGAUUCUAUUAGAUACCUUGCUGACGCUAAAAACGACAUCUAUUGAUCAAUUUUUGAACAUGCGCAUUAAAAUUAGAUUACAGAAAAUAAGUGGAGUUGCCUUUCUAUGUUACUCCAUGUUAGUCUAUACUCUAUGGUACAACAGAUACGAAUAAAUAAAUUAAAUUAUUUUUCUUCUUCGAAUGUAGUUAAUACUAUUUCAUUUUUACAAUGAACAGUAUUAAAAGACUCUUAUUAUUUAACUUUAGUAUGACAUAGAACAAGUAUUAUUACAAUUGACCAUGUAAUGGAAUAAGUCACGUUUAACGUUAAGUCACGUUUAAUUCACGUUUCAGUUUGAUAUUCUUGGAUUUUUUGCUCGAUUAUGUUUUGAUAUGCAGGGUUAUUCUAUUGACCCCGAAAGUGGUGAAACGAAGAUAAGAGAAGACUAUCCUAUUUUGAAGUCUUUUCUUGCGGGAUCAGUGUCUGGUACUUUUUCAACUAUUUUAUUUCAACCAUUAGAUCUUAUUAAAACAAGACUUCAAAGUAGAGUAAACCUUCGCCUCGAUUCUGCAAACAGUGGAACAAUUGGAACAGUAAUCCAUAUAAUAAAGAAAGAAAAUGUAUUUGGACUCUGGAGGGGUAUGACUCCGUCCAUCACCAGAGUUAUCCCUGGAGUUGGAUUAUAUUUUUCAUCGAUGCAUUGGUUAAAACACACAUUCCAUUUAAAAGAUCCGAUUACACCUACAGAAGCAAUGUUGUUAGGUAUUACAGCAAGAUCUAUGUCUGGAGCUUUAGUAAUUCCAAUAACUGUAGUGAAAACACGUUUCGAAAGCGAUGUUUAUAAAUAUAAUAGCAUAAGGGAAGCAUUGAAGUUAAUUUACAAGCAGGAAGGAGUACGAGGACUUUCAAGCGGAUUAGUACCGACCUUAUUAAGGGACGCUCCGUUUAGUGGUCUUUAUCUCAUGUUUUAUACUCAAUUAAAAAAUAUUGUUGUGGAAACAGAUUUACCAGGCGAUAAAUCGUCAGCUCCGGUUCAUUUUAGUUGUGGGAUACUAGCAGGAAUAUUUGCUUCUAUCGUAACACAACCUGCCGACGUAAUCAAAACGAAAAUGCAAUUGUAUCCAAACGAAUUUACGGGUGUUCGCAGUGCAAUUUUUCGGGUUUACGAAAAAUACGGAAUGUUUGGAUAUUUCAAAGGCAUCGUUCCACGAAUGUUACGAAGGACAUUAGUGACCGCUAUGGCUUGGACUGUAUAUGAAGAGGUUACAAAAAGUAUGGGGCUUAAAUAAAAUUCUUCUAUUUAACGAUAUGCGAAUUUACGCACGACAAAAUGAAAGAUGCUCAACUAAAUGUUUACACUCGAUACACAGUAUUUUAGUUUGUACAGAAACGAUUUGAUUAUAGCAGAAAAUUGUAUUAUAGCAAAUAUUACUACUAUGUACAGUAUUUGGAUAGAGUAUCCUAUCGCUUGAUAAUGUAUUAUUAAUGUAUAUACUUAUUUAAUAAAUUAUACAGUUUGUUCAAUA